CCUCUCCCUCUUGUAAAAAAAAAAAAUGUCAACGAAUAGGUCAUUUAAGAAUGAAGAAGGAUCACUAUCAGAUUUUCUAUGGCAGACUCCACUUUUAUUCAAUUGUCAUUUUGGAGAAUACGCGAAACAAGCUAUUUUAUCUCGUUGCUAUGAAGAGCUCUGGAUGAACAACGAAUCUAUUAUGCAACAAUACUUUUUCUCAUCUAAAGAAGAACUUUUGCAAACAAUACGUCGUCAAUCUCGGCCCCACGAUGGACGAGAACAGAGCACUAUAACUGAUCCUAAAUCUUUGCAUUCUAAUCAAAUACUUCCAGCUGAGGACUUAUCAAGUCAAAAAGGAAGACAAUGUGGUCAUGUCUUUCGAAAGGGUGAGCCUGUUUAUCGCUGCAGAAACUGCGGAUUAGACGACACUUGUGUAUUCUGUAGCAAAUGUUUUCACGCAACCAACCACGACGGACAUGAUAUUCUGUUUUCUGUCAGCCCCGGUUCUGGAGGCUGCUGUGAUUGUGGUGAUCCAGAAGCAUGGAAAGUGCCACUACAAUGCAACAUUCACUCCCUAAGUACUCAAGAUAAAGAUACCCAGAUACGUCUUUCAGAAACAACUUCACUUGACUCUGCUCUCUUAUCAGCAAUUCGCUUUACUAUUGUUUCAGUUGUUGAUUUUUUACUCGACAAUUUUGCUAUUGCACCCGAGGAAGUAGCACUUAAUCCUUCAACAGAAGAUUUAUUAAGAGAAAAUAGAUACCAACGUAAGCAACUUGGUCGAAUUGGUGUUCCCUUGGACCGUCCUACUCUUUCUCUUUCUCAGAAUACGACCAUCAUGCAGGAUAUACCAAUGGAUCAAACAGAAACAGUUGAGGAAGAUGUUGAUAUGGAUAAGGAUAAUGGAAGUGAAAAUAAGGCUACCGGAUUUACAAGCAAAGAGCAGGAUGGUGAAUUAUACGCCUGCAUCGCUUGGAAUGAUGAAGCGCAUGCGUUUUCCCAUGUGUUAGAGUCUAUCAUGACAGCUACAGGUUGGGAUUGGGCAAAGGCUAAACGUAUUGUUGAUGUUAUUCACGUUCAUGGACGAGAAAUCAUUGCGGUUUCAACAGAUAUCGAAGAACUUCGAAAAAUAGCAGCUCCUUUAUCAGCCAUUAACCUUGGUGUGACGAUAAGACCAGCAAAAGAGACAUUCAGAGAGCAAGUUGCAGGCUUGCUUGUAGACUGGCUUAAUGAAUUAAUAAGCGGCAAGCAUAAAUUCUUUUCAAGCAUCCUUGGUGGAGAUGCCAUCAUUCGUGAUAUGUUGUGCGAAGAAUUGUGCAGAGAGUGGGAGCUUCGAUUACCCUUGGCAUUACUAGCUGGCGGCCCUCCUGCUAAUGAUGAUAUUCCUGAGGACGACAGUAUGAAGGAGGAUGUUCCAAUGAUUAAUCCAGUUACAGAAGAUAUUGAAAUGUAUGAUCCUGAUGAGGAUGUAAACAAUGGUAGUAAAGCAGGAACGCCAAGCUCAGAAGACUCAAGCCACAUCAUGUAUAGGAGCCACUGCGAUAUUGCAUCUAUUGAUUGGGAUCCAAAAGCCAUGAUUAGAGAAUACUAUGCAGUGCGGCAAGAGGAAGUAAAGUUUGGAGAAUCUAUAUUACCAGAAACUGCUUCCAAAACAGCAGAUAAUCAUAGUAUGGCCCUUGAUUCUGAAGCACAAAAGAAGGCUACAGACUUACAAAAGGAAUUUGUGACAAAACUUCGCUUGGAUUAUUUAAUGUUAUACGACCUCAAGCUCUGGAAAGAAAUACGUAUUGCUUUGCGAGAACUCUAUAUUGCCUCUUUAGCAUCUAAUCCUUACUUUAAAAAAAUUCUCGGCAAAAGAUUAACCAGAAAUUAUGCUCGUUUGGCCGAAUCCUUUUUGCUUCGAGAUCGAGAACCAGAAAACUCCAUCAUCCUAUUCUCAGUGCAACUGUUGACUGUGCCUUCAGUAUCCGACUUACUUGUGCACCACUAUUAUUUCUUUGGACUCAUAUGCUCGACAUUAACAGCUUUCUUCUUGACAGAUCGUCUGUUUUUGAUUUUACCUUCUGAACGCCCAGCCUAUCCUUCACGCAUCAACUGUGAAUCUCGUGCAUUCCGUACGCGUCGCUACUUUAAUGCCUUUCACGAUCUUCGAUACAUCAUGAACGUGAAUAUGAUAAAACGCGUUCUUGCUCAAGAUCCACUCUACCUUCGUCAAUAUCUUGACUUGAUCAGUUUAUUUCAAGGAAUGAAUGGACAAUUAUGCCAAAAAGACACUCAUGUGGAAUAUGAAUCCGAAAUAUGGGUGAACGCUUUCAAUGUGACACUUCAGAUUGCCAAAUGCUGCCGUCAAUUCUCAGACUGCUUUGCCAUGCUCCCAGUGUCUACUGAACAAGAAAGAGUCGAUACAGCAAUUACACUUAUGAGGGCUAUCUGUCGAGUUUUAAAACAAAUCAAUGAGUGGGGGAAGCCUAAUCCUGAUGAAGAAAAAGAGGAGCAAGCAAGGAAUGUUGCAAAUACCAGCAAUACUACCUCAACGAGCGCUUACAAGGUAUAUGGUCCUUUAACCCAGACUUUCCACCAGGUUGAUACAAAAUACCUGGAUCCUAUUAAAGUUAUCAAGUAUGUUGUUACUGAACAGCCUGUAUCAUUUCACCAUCCUCUUCAUUGGUUGCUGUCUGGUCUAUUAGAGCAUGCACAUCUACUCACAGACCAUGUUCUAAUGAAAUCUGGAUGGAAAGAAGGUUUUAAAAGCGCCAUUAUUUCUUUUCAGGAAAAUAGAGGUUCUACUGGCGAUGUACUUUUGCCUAUACUCGACUUCCCAAUCAGAACCAUUGUGUUUUCAUCCCAAAUCAGAGCUGGUAUAUGGGUUCGUAACGGUUAUGGUAUUAGAAACCAGGCUCAUCAUUAUCGUGAUAUAUCAUUACGAGAGAAUACAUACGAUGCCGAUGUGUUCUUAUUGCAAUUAGGAUUUGUCACAGUUGAUACGAAUCAAUUUUUGGCGUCUUUAUUGGAUAGAUUUGAUCUCACCUCCUGGUUCCUCGGAAGUACAGCACACGCAAGCUACGAUAGUCAGCAGACGAUAUUCAUGGUUGAAGAGCUCUUAAAUCUCUUGAUCGUUUGUGUAUGUGAAAAAGCGAAUGUUAUGGGCAUGUCUAUGGCUGAAAAAAUAAGAAGGGAAAUCAUUCACAACUUGUGUCUUGGUAUCUGCGCUUAUUCUGAGUUAACGAAGCGAAUUCCUGAAAGAAUCACAGAACAUCCAGAGUUUGAUCGUAUAUUGCUUGAAGUAGCAAAAUUCAGAAACCCUGAAGGCGUAAAUGAUCAUGGACUAUAUGAGCUUAAAGAAGAAUACUUUCAACAAGUUGAUACCUACUUUUGGCAUUACAGUCGAAACAAUAGAGAAGAAGCUGAAAAUAUUUUGAAAUCAAGAUGGAAGAAAGCAAAUCCUGACAAAAAAGAAGAAGAAUUCUUCAUUUUGCCACACACAUCCAAGAUCAAUGAUGGCCCAUUUAAAUACCUUGGACAGUUCUUACAUUCUACCUUAUUUACUCAAAUGAUUACUUAUACUUUGUGGAAUAUUCGUACUGGGGAUAAUCACAAGAGCGAUACUAUCCUAGACCAAACACUGUACCUCAUUUUGUUAGCUCUUACCGAUCAAAACAAUGACUUGAACGGCAAGCAGGAAGGAUUCUAUCAAAACGCAUGCGACAAGUAUUUCAAGGUAUCAUACAGAGAUAGUGAGCCAGAAGAUUUGAAAGAAGUUUCCUUGUUUGAUCUUAUGACCAUGCUUUACGAUGAUGAAAAAUUCAGUGAAAUUAAAAGUAGACUUGAUUGGAUAUUCCAGGCUCUUUUGAAUGGUAAUGUUGAAAGAACCUGUCAAAUUGUCCAAAAUUGGAAGACAAAGCAGAAGGAAACAGCUUUAGAAAACGCUCGUAAGAAAGCUGAGGGAGCUUCUGAGCUAUCUGAUCUAGAAAAGAAAAAGCUUGCUGCUAAAGAAAGACAAAUGAAAAUCAUGGCACAAUUUGCUCAAGCGCAAUCACAGUUUAUGCAACAAAAUGAAGACCUUUACGAUGAAGAAGAUGUUACAACAGCUGAUGAAUCUUUGAACCAAAAAUUAAAUGAACCAACUGAUACAGGAAACUUGAAUAGGUUCUGCGCUUAUCCUACAGGCACAUGUAUUGUUUGUCAAGAAGACGUAAAUGAGCGUUCUCUACCUUAUGGACUCUUAGGACUUAUUCAGACAUCCAACAUACUACGAGAAACUCCAUUGGAUGACGAUUCAUUCUAUGAUGAUAUAUAUAGAACAGGGCCAACUCUUGACGUGCAAUGGGAAGAUAAGCAGUGUUUACCUGAUAGUACACCCACUAUUUCUGGAUUCCCAUCCCAAUCGCACAAAACUGGUCUUUACUCAUCAACAUGUGGCCAUCUUAUGCAUAUUAAAUGCUUUGAAGUUUACUGCACUUCUAUUGAUUCUAGACAUUCUGCCCAACUAACACGCAACCACCCUGAGAAUAGAUCCCGCAAGGAGUUCAUGUGUCCUUUGUGUAAGUCUUUGGGUAACGUAUUGCUUCCCAUUUUUUGGAAAGGCAAGAAAGAAACAUUCCCUGGUGUUCUUGAAAAAGGUGACGAUUCUGACUUUACUGCUUUUUACAAAAGUGAAGUCAAUCAGAUUGUGAAUAAAUUGAAGAAGGCGAUCGGGAUAGCUUGGAGGGUGGCACAGAACAAAAAGACUUCUGGCAGUACCAGUCGUAUGAAAGAUGUAAUGGCUCAGCUUUUGCCAACGCUUCCUCUUCAUGGCGGAGAGCAACAGACUACGACUGCCAGACCUGCGCCCCCAGGAGCAAUAGAGCGUCCGGAUUGGCCACCUCUUGGUCUUGUAAGAACUCCCCGACCUGCACCAACAACUCCUACUUUCACGGAACAAACGAAUACAGCCACAACAGGAUCUUCAGAAUCAAGCACAGAGGGCGAUAUGGAUCCAGAGAAUGACUUGUUAUUUCAAGCCGCUGUUAGUAGUGGAUCAUACCCUCCACCGGAUGGCAAACUAGGUCCCUUUGAUAAUGAAAUACUCCAUACAGCGGUUAUUCCCAGCAUACCUUACAUCAAGAAAUCUUACUCUCGUCUAUUAGAUGUUUUAAGUAUUAUUUAUCAGGAGAUAUGUGUAGAUGAGCAUGAAAGAGAAAUGUCAACAUCUGUUAAAAACAUUGAUAUGCUUUGGGGCAUAUUAGGUUAUACCAUCACAAGCUUAGAAAUUGCUGCUCGAGGAAUAAGUAGACCAAAAGUAAAUGAAAAUACAGCAACAAAUACAGUCUUUGAUCAAAUACCAGCACAAGCGCAGACGCUUCUUCGAGUCAUGAGUGAUACUAUCUUGGCAUAUACCACCAUUAUGUGUCCUUCUGGAUCAGACUCUAAAUCAAAUUCGUCAAUGACCCUUGCACGAGUUACCAUGCUUGCCCUUGGUCGCAUGCGACAGAUAUUUGAAGUUAACGUAGAUGAUGUUGUUAACAUUGUUAAUCACCCUGGAAGAGAGAAAAUUGUUCUAUAUGACAACGCUCCUCUAUUAGAAGAUGAUCCUUUCAUGAUUUUGACCGAAUUAUCACUACACUUGACAAUUGUUGCUCCAACUGAUAUAUUCCCCUUUGUUCGCACCAUGUUGUUGGCUGAAAUGGCAAAGAUUGCAGUGGGAUUAAUUCAAAAUAGGCUUUCGAGAGCUCUACGUCAAGUCCCUGAUCAGUAUCAUCCUGCAACUAGUGAACCAUCGCAAGAUAUCGCCGUUGCUAAAACGUUUGCUUAUUCUUUAAUGAAUAAGUUACAAUUCACUCCUGAGGAAGCCCAUGCUACGUUUAAAAAGUUUGGAGAUGAUGCCUCAUUCUGUACCCUGCUCAAAUUCUUUGCACUGCCUUUCCUCCGUCGAACAUUAAUACUAAUGGUAUCCAGAUUCGGUUUAAUAAUUCCAAACAACAUGUCUCAGGAACUGGAUGGUGCUUCAGAAUUUGAUCGUUUACUCAAUAUCCUGCACCUGCCAAGUUUCGCCGAGUUUCUAAAGCCUAUGCACAUGACUGAUUCCCUGUUGCAUCACUGGUGUGUCCAGCUUCUUCGUGAAUCAGAGCAUAAAUUACGCGUUCAAGAAGGGCAGGCAUCAUUAACAGCUUCACGGCUCUUAAACAUACCACUAGAUUUACCUACACCUUUAUGCCUGAUAGCACUACCAAAGAGACUUGAUCGCCUAUUCGAUGAAAGCAUGCGACGAGUCUGUCAUAAAUGUGGCACAGUACCUAGUGAUCCUGCUUUAUGCCUACUGUGCGGUACUUUUGUUUGUGCUCAAAGCUUUUGUUGUGCAGAAGAAGAAGAAGGAGAGUGCAAUCUUCAUACGGCAGAAUGUGGUGGGGAAAUUGGUAUAUUUUUGUAUGUCAAGCGAUGUGUGCUCUUAUUACUCCAUAAUGGCAACGGUUGGUUCAUGAAUGCCCCCUACCUUGAUCCACAUGGCGAAGUGGAUCAGGGCUUGAGACAUGGACGGCCACAGUAUCUUAAUCCUAAACGAUAUGCAGAGAUCCGCAAACUAUGGUUACAACACAAUAUCCCUAUAUAUGUUGCAAGGCAGAUUGAAGCCAAUUAUGAUAUAGGAGGAUGGACUACAUUCUAAAUUGAUGAAAAUAAACAUAUUGAAUGUAUAUAAAAGGCUUAGUUCGAGUUUAAUGAUUUUGUAUUGACACAUAGAGAUCUUGAAGCGAUAUAAUGACAUGGGAGUAAAUUAUAGGACAUGUAUAUUAAGCAUAAUGAAGUCCUUAUAUACACA